AUGACUCCAACGGAAGGAGCUGAGAAAGAAGAAGAGGAGGAGAUCGUAGAAGUUCCCAUCGAAGUCGCACAGGAGUACGUGACGAGUCUCGUGGGCUUUGCGCCACUUCAGUUGUCCGAUGAUCGUAAGCCACUUUUGAUCACUCAGUAUUUGCAGUUUUUAACGUCGUGACUGACAACUUGGCCAAGUUAAUUGACCGAUUUCGUGAGGCUCUUGUUGAGAAAGUGAGUCAGAAAUCCCUCCUCUCCCACUAAUUCCAUUUGCCACCAGUUUGGACUCAGCAUCUCACCCAAGAAACUGGAGGCCUUUGUGCAUAGGUUGAAAGUCAAACUCCAGGGCCAUCAAAAUGCCCUUUUCAACAAGUUGGAUGUGAGUGUUGGAGGCUGCAGUGACGAUUCUGAUUGUUCCCUCUCAUCGUAGACUUUCCUACUUGAAGACCUUUUCGCGUUGGAUGAUAAUGUUGUCCUGAAGGAGGAUGCAGCACACACAACGUACUCCGCCAAAAUGGACAACGCACUGAUCAAGAGUAUAAGUAAACACGAACAGAACCUUUCACUGGUAGGUCAUCCUGUUUUAUAAUCUACGCCUUCUACUCUUCUGAUUUACUCCCAUUCACUCAACAGUCGGUUGCCAUACUCGAGCCGAAGACUCUUAAGGAUUACUUGCUGUUUAUCGGCGUUUCCUAGGUGAAGGGAACUACGACCUAGACAGUCAUUACUCGCUCGGGAAGCAAUUUAUGUCAUCCCCUCUCCUUGGCCCCUCACCCCUUUUCUAUGGCUUUCUCCGACUUCGUUCAUCUACAAUAUCCUUAGGAAAUCUGGUGUUUCACACGACAUCUUUGCGAUGACUCGUGGUUGCGCAGCAAAGGUGCCGCCAGGCAGCCUUGUGUCGAAAUCGUUCUAUGCCAGUGACAAUGUUAUGAGAGCACCAAGAUAUAGACUAGAAGUAUAUCUUCUGUGGUCCAGAGUGUUCUCGUUACGUGGGGCUUUCCCAACUCAUUGCGUAAAAUAAAUCAGAAAAGGUUACCUUAUAAGGCGAUGCACACACGAUCUCUGGGACAGUAGGUGUAUUAGUCUGAACUUUCGAUCUCGUACAGGAGGCCACCGUCAGAGACUGUGAGAAUGCGGUAUCAAAUGAGCAGUUUUUGUAGUUAAGCCAUGAAGGGGGGGGGAUAUGAGUGCAGAGGGUGGUAUUCGCGAUAAGCUGAUCCCCACGCCGUUUUACGACGGCGUGACUGCGUGUACCCUUGGCUGGAAAUUGGGUCUCGCCUCUUGGCCGCGGGAACGGAGCGCGUGAUGGCAGGGGGUUAUGCCAACGUGUCUGUUGAUAGAGUUGGUGUCAGACACCCAGGCCUCCAACAGUUCUCGCCCUGUCUUAUUGCUGGCCCGCGCUACUCUCGACGUGCUCGCGAAGUUGAAUUUGUGACCAUCCUCCAGGGUGUGAGUGGCGACCUGAGACAACGGGUCGCCUCUCCGGACCGCCCGUUUAUGCUCCGUUAUUCGUAAGCCAAGUCGUCGUCCGGUCUGUCUUGUGUAGUGCUGAGGGCAGUCCCGACAUGGGAUCUGAUAAACUACACCCGAUUGUUCUCCCAUGUCUAGUCAAUCCUUCACUCGUAUGAUUUCGUUGCGCAUGGUCGCUGUCGGACGGUGAGCGAUACCCACGCCGAGCUCUCCAGCGAUACGUUCAAUGGCUUCGGACACGUUCUUUAUAUAUGGUAGAGGGUGCCAGAGUGUUGGCGGCUCUCGUCCGUUUGUUCGCCAUGGGUGCGUGCGGAGGCAGCGGCUGAUGAAGCUGUUCGGGUAUUCAUUCCUUGCCAGUAGGUCCCGAAGAUGCUGAGGUUCUCGUACUCGUCCCUCUGGCCCACUACAGUGCCGUUUUACCCUUUGGAAGUGUCCUAACACAGCUGCGUUUAUGCGCCAUUGGUGGUUACAUUGGUAGUUCAGAAUCUGAGUCGUGUUAGUCGCCCUUCUGCACACCCAACGGCGAACUCUGACGGUGGCCUCCUGUACGAGAUCGAAAGCUCAGACUAAUACACCUACUGUCCCAGAGAUCGUGUGUGCAUCGUCUUUACAACAAGAACCUGGGAUUCGCAUAUUCGCUUCCAUCCGUGAAGGUCGCGGACGUGGGUUUUGGCUGCUCAGCAAAGGUGCCGCCAGGCAGCCUUGUGUUGAAGUCGUUCUCUACGAGUGACUAUGUUAUGCGAGCACCAAAAUAUAGACUAGAAGUAUAUCUUCUGUGGUCCAGAUUUCUCUCGUUACGUAGGGCUUUCCCAACUCAUUGCGUAAAAUAUAUCAGAAGAGGUCACCUUAGUCUCCAUCUUUGUCGGAAACUUCCUCGGGUUCUGAGUGUUAGGAUUUUAGACCAAAGCUCGAAUGUGAAGUGGAAAACCCUCAUGCUAUCUUCCAUUUAGACGAUGAUGACCCAACUUAUGCUUUUUCAGAUAAGACUUGCGGAAUUGCGGACCCCUCCAAUUGAGACCUUUUUUAGUUGCAUUGUGGAUCUAGGAAUUCCUUGUCUGUCAAUCAUGCUUUGUUUUAUUCGUCUCUUUAGCUAAACCUCGCAAAGAGGAAAAUGGAACAAGAAUUUUUGGAUCUGCAGGUUCUCCAAAAAGACCUGGAAGAAGCCAACACGCGGGUUAGGGACCUACUGCGCUCCUCUAUGGGCGUUGAAUCUGGUGGGUUGCAAUUGUACUACAUUUGAUUUAUUACUGCACGAUAUAUCACCUCUACUUAAAUAAGUCAAGUAGCAUGCAUACGUAUAGAGCAAUGGGCGCAUCGAUGUUAGUUUCCGGGGCUAAACAGACUCCGAAUGGGUGGCAGACUUUAUGAGCAGACAGCCAUCUGCCAGACUGAACUCGGUCAAGUUUCGAUAGCGUAUACAUUCAUAUGAAAGAAGAAGAUAAGACGAUCUCGGGGGAAGGCGGUUUACUCAUGUGACGUUUCGCACUCACACUUGGGCACGUCUUCAGACAGAAUGGAAAAUAUACGGUCUAAAUUAGUCUUUCUGACUUACUCCUGGUAGACCCAUCGUUCCCUCUCCGUAUUGGUCCUUCUUUUAUGCGCAGCUGGUGAUUAACGACCUCGUAUUGUGUUGGUAGGUUAGUAAAAUUGUCCUUAGAUUGUCUGGCUUCGAUUAUAUCUUUCAGCAUCUUACCUUCGGCACGUUCGAGUAAAUGUGCACUGUCAAAGGCAAAUUGCUGACAAUUCUCGAGGCUGUACAUAGCGAAAUGUGGUCAUACAGCAUUCCGCUUUACGACUGGCGCAUGCUUCUUCGUCGGUCGUGUCGCGGUAGUUGACCGGGAAGUCUAGGGGUUAAAGCGGUAAACAACUCCUGACCCGUCCGUAAACGGUAGCCGACUAUUUGGCCGCAUAAAGUGGCGGAUAGUGACCUCCGGCUGGUAUCCAGUGUCAAUGUUGAGUGGUCAUAACAUGCGUGCAAUGGCUUUUGAGACUUCCCCCACGUAGGGCAAGAGGUGGAAGGUUCCAGCUUCUAUUUUUUGCCCACUAUCGGUCUUUGUGUGUCUUUGGUACAGGCAACUCUUUAUAGGGCUAGUAGGGCGUCCGUUGGAUAGUGGUAAGUGCCGUAGAGGCCUGCGCCCUCGCAGCCUCUCGGUCCAUGUGCUGCACGUCGUCGGUCGUGCAGCAAAUGUGCGCAACAGUUAAGAUUUUACACGUGCCCGUAAAAAUCGAUGCUCCUGAGUCAUUCUUACAAAUAGGCCAUCGCCGAUGACUGAAAUCUCGUUCGGUUGGGUUGUCACCUUUUUUUCCUUUUUUUGUAACCGUUGUGCACGACGUCUUAUUCAAUGUGCUGAUUGAUUACUGAGUCGUCGGCAUGUACGGCCUCUACAAAUGCUCUGCCUUCCUUAGAUGAAGAGACACCAACAGUGCAAGUUUUGUCCGGCUUUCAGCGUAUACAUGGCAACUCGAAACAAGUAGUUUCGCCUCUGUACCGCAAAUUGGUGUUCAUGUAGCCGUGUAGAGACACCCAUUUCGGGGAAACAGUUUGAACAAAUAAUUAAGUUCCAUUUGAUAACUUUCGCUGUUAGAGCAGUGAGUUGUUGUUCGACUAAGGAGGCUAUUAACGGCACUCCGUUUUUGGUAGGUAGGGUGAUUGCUCUCGCAGGGUACACUAACGUCCUAGUGAGUUUGCAGUAAGAGGGCGUUCACCGAUCGGUUACGGGACUAACUCGUCCUGUCGUGCUUGGGGUUCAAUCUAGAGCUCCGUAAGCAUUUGCACAGCGAAUAGUAAUAUAUGCAGAGAAGGACUCUCGAGAAAGACAACCCAACUUACUGGUAGUCAGCUGGUGGAUUCUAAGUGAAUUACUUUGGAAAUCCUGCUUGGCCAGUCAACUUACUCUAUCAGAUUUGGUGGAUUCCAGACGUUGCAGUAGGUUGGGCGGGUAACUUGACCCAAAUAUGAUUAAACUCGCGUCGUCCGGCGGGUCCUCGUAACUCAAGUGGUUAGAGCGUUGGCUGUACUAAAGCCUUCCCCUGACUGCGUGGGUUCGAAUCCCACCAAGGCGCCGAGUUUUUCACAGUUGGGUCAAUAUGAAUGUAAUCCUUUUGUCAACUGACUGUGUGGCUUUUAGAGAUACAGGAAGUUUGGGUUUUAAGCAGUUUCCCAGAAAGACUGACUGUUGUACGCAAUGUUCUUGUUUACCUUGGAAAUUUGAUUCAAGGAAAAUAAGGGACUGAACGGUUGAAAUGAAAAGGCUUCUAAAAUCUGUUAGACGGGAACUUAGGCCACUGCGCCUCCAACUGGCACUGCUCUGGAUUUGCCGCUUCCGUGCGACUCACGUUCUUCUGCUAUCAGAGCGCGUAAAAGUGUGUUGUUUAGGGACGGACAGUCUGACUGUCGAUUCCGACGAUGUCCACCGUGUGCAAGGUGCAGCAGGCACGGUGACUUGCGCGUGAAUUAUUUUAUAGUGAUAGCAGAAUUGCACAACAUCGACCACAGUCUUUUCUCCACUCCCCACCUGGACCCAGUGUCAAGGCAUAGUCAAGAAGACCGGAGGCGAGGGAGGGCGCAGGUGGCUAGCACGGCCGGACCCGCACCUAGGCGUACCACCACACCCCCUGGUCCACAACAUGCACUUUACCAACAACAACACCCGAACAGGGGUCUGACGGACGAGGGUGAUGACUGGGCAGCCAUACCCACUGCCUGUUUACCAACUUGUUGGACACCGCCGUUUGGAGACCACCAACAGGCGGGGUGACUUAUUUCUCCUCUGGACCAGGCGUCGAGUUUUUUGGCAACCCAUUCAUGUGAGGUCUGAGUUAGCAAGUUCUGUUCCUUGUGAAUUGAGGAACUAGCGUGUGUGUGGCAAGCGUAGUGGGGAACUCCCUGCCCAUCUCCAGUCGUCUUGACUUCCCCUUUUUAUUUAAACGCUAUGAGCAUGGGAGGAUGGCAAAUGAAAUGGGUGCUACGUAAGUUCUUCCUGCUGUGAUUAAGAAUCCGGAAAAGUCAGACUACUUAUAUUCUGAUCAGUAGCAAGUUCUGCUUAUUUAGUUUAGAGUAUCGUUCUGGUUUUAUCCUUUUCUCCUUUGAUUUUAGUUGAGGUACUAGAACGCACUGUCAAGGCCGAGAGGGAACUCUGUGAAUAUAUCAAACGCGCAAGGGAUUCGGUUGCGUAUCCUCCACGCAAUUAA